CAUUACGGAUACGUACUGUACCCGAUCAAGCCGCAUCCUCCCUUUCCGUUGCGUCUUUGAACCGCCGCAACGAGCGAUCUCCUCUUAUCUAUCCCUGACUCGAUGGAAACUCGAUGCCUUUAAAGCGGACACCGACGUCUUGACACAACUACGCACACACGGUCGCCCAAUACUCAAAUACUCAACGUCGAAACGCUUGGUUACACCGGAUGCCCCUCCCCUCUCAAUCUAAGACGCUGCGAUCCGCGCCAGCGCCAGCUCUGCUACUCAGUCAUCAUUGGCUUCCGUUUUCAAUUUGCACCGCGCCAUAGCCAAACUAAAACCCUGGCUGGUAUCCGUUCAACUGAAGACUCGGGAAGGAGAGGGCACAAGUGAGAAGAAGAAGAAAAAAAAGAAGGGGGGUGGGGGAAAAAGGAAUAGAAAAGGAAAAGGUACAGAGGAGCACAAGACGAUACUAUGGCCUUCAUCCAGGACCCCCGCCUCCGCCAAACGUGGAACCAGCUCUCACAGACGACCGAGACCGUCACGUCGGAUGCCGCCGCUGGCAUCUGGGCCUUCGGCCACCGCUACGUCCAGCCGUGUCUGUCGUCGCUCGCGGGCGCCGUCGACUCGUGCACGGCAAUCUGCCUGGGCGACCGCGAGGAGCGGGCGCGCCGCGCGCGUGAGCGGGACCGCGGCGCCCGCGGGUCCCGCCGGAGCGUCGGCGGAGGGCGCGGCCUCCUGUCGCGGCCCGAGUACAGCUUCGAUUUCUACGACGACUGGGAGGAGGACUUGUUCAUCGCGGAGCAGUUGGCCGAGGACCAGGAUGACGAUGACGGGCUCCUGGAUCGGGGCGCCGCGGCCAGCAGUCGGCGCGGUGGGGGGAUCUUGGGCGGCGACUGGGAUCGGCUGCUUGCCGGGUCGGGGCACAGGAGCCGGCUCGGGGCCGGCGGAGGCGGGAUAGGCGGGACAGGGGAUGUGGUGGACCAGCCCAGGCGCAAGAGGGGGAUGAGCUACGGCACGAGGGGCGGGGUGAGGAGAAAGGUUUCGGGGGAGGAGGAUCCGAACGUCAUCCCGAGGACGGCGCCGCUGGGGUUCCUGGGAAGGCUGCCCUUCAAGAUCAUGGGGAGCCUGCGGUACAAGCCAUCAGCGGCGAACCUGAGGGAGCAUCCCGGAGGGCAUGGGCAUCAUCAUCAUCAUCAUCACCAUCAAGGCACGGCAAGGGACGACGAGCAAGAGCCGCUGUUGGGGAGCAGCAAUGAGGAAGCCGCGACGACGGGGCAGAAGGGGAAGCGGCCGAGGAGUGACACGACUAAUUCCGGGGACACGUCGAGCUCGUACCGGUCGAGGGGGGAUCUGUUCCCCAGCGAUGGGGAAGGAGACGAGGAUGCGGUGCCGCUAGACGACGAGUUUACCGUGGCGUUGGAGCGUGUGGAUGACCGAGGCAGCACAAGGACGCGCAGCAGCAAGGGGAAGCGGACAGAUGAGAGGGGCAAAGAUAGGGACAGGAACAGGGACAAGGGCCUGUCGAGAACAGUGUCGCGGACCACGAUAUCGUCAACCAAUACGCCGGACGAGACCAAGUGGGACAGCAACCCGGUAUCUCCUGUACAGGAACUGGGCUACGACGACGACGGCGACAACGACGACAACGAAGACGACAAUGACGACGCCCCACAGGUCCCGUCGCUCGAGGACCUCCGUCGGGAAGAGGAGCAGGCCGAGAGGGAGGAAGCCGAAGAGAUUGAGCGGCGGCGGAGGGCUGCCUCGCGAUUGGCGAGGGAGCGAGGCUUGAAAACGGACGACGCCCACGUCCCGGAAUCGGUUGGCGAGGCGAACGGAGACGCGCAGGAUGCCGAGAGCGGGCGCCCUCCGGGACGGAUUGGCACCGAAGUAGCCGAGUCUGCGGCUGACGAUGCCGGGCUGGAAGAGGUCCAAGAAGUCAAGCCACCACCAUCCGCGGCGACUCCGGAACCCGCACCUCCACAGACGAACAAGACGGACGGAGAGCUGCAGGCCGAGAGCACCGUUGUGCCAGCCCGGCUACCUCGCUUUGGUCAGCGAUGACAGCUUUCAAACGACGAUGUAUAAUACGAGAAGUCCGGAUUAAAAUCCGGCAGCCACUCGAUGAACGACAUUACGGGAGAUGGGCC